GCGCGACAUUAACACGCGUAGUUUCGACGUAUAUUUUGCAAAUAUUUUUUACACUGUUUAUAACUGUUGUUAUGCGAAAGCCAUCACCUUUGUAUAUGCGGACAGACUUCGAUAGAGCGCGGUAAUAUUAAAUAGAGGCACGAGGCUUUUGCAAACGCGGAUAGCACUCCCACUUUUCUGGGAGAAAUGAACGCGUAAAGACGGAUAUCUUUAUUCUCUUUGUUGUAUGAUUGUUUUCAGUUUCUGUGAUAAGAUAAAAAAGAAACGUGCAAUCCAAGUUACGAAAGUAUUAUUUCUCCAGCCCCGCUAAAUACACUACACAACUGUUUUAAACUGUUUGUUUUGAUUUCUUCUCGCUCGUCGUUGUUGAUAUACAUUAUACUACUUAUUUUAAAAUGAGGCUGACCAGUACGAUUAAUUUGAUCGCAUUUUGCGCAUUCGUGCUGUUUGUUGAUAAUAACGGUGUAACGAAAGGUUACCGUGUGAAAGAUUAUUUCAAAGUUUUACGUGGGCUGUCACAAGUUCACAAGAACCUUCGAUAUGGAAUUCUCCCAGGUACGCUUUGGUGUGGCCGGGGAAAUAUUGCUCGCGACCAUUCCGAAUUGGGUGUGUACAACGAGCUGGACACGUGUUGCAGAACGCACGAUCAUUGCGAGGAUUACAUAAACCCUAAAGUUACAAAAUACGGACUGUAUAACAAAUACAUUUGCAGAAGCUCAUUAUGCGAGUGCGAUUUGCAAUUUUACAAUUGCUUGAUGCGAGUACAUGGCUUUUACGCAUCCACCGUGGGAUAUAUAUAUUUCAGAAAAUGCAAGCAGUGCUUCCGUACUUACUACGAUUCUGAGGAAUGCAUAAGAGAGGGUCUCGAAAUAAGCGAGGAGAUGGAUCAGAAGGGCCGUCGCGUUUUCUGCGCAAAGUUCGACGAAAAUCCAAAAUGGGGGCAUCGACGCAACGCCACUUCGCCGGGAUCGAUCUACGUCGACGAACCUUUAACCUUGCCUGAUGAUGGAGCCGCGCAGCUCGGUUCACAAUCCUAUUUCGCGAGCGAUAGAAAAUAUUCCAUGGAUGAAGUCGACGCUAUGAAAGCUAUCGAAGAUAAUUAUUAAUGCAUUUUCAUGUCGUACUUUACGCUCGCGGAUUCGCCAAAAUUAAUAGGUAACGAGUUGUAAUCUCUUUGAGGAGAUUAUGUAAAAAUUCAAUUCUGCAGUAUUAAAAGAUAAAUAAUGCCAGAUAAUAUAUACAUUUUUUAUGUAUAAUUUUAUAUUUAAUAAGAAUCUCUCUCUA